UUGCCGCGAGGGCGAGAGCGAGCGAGCGAGCGGGCGGGCGAGAGCCAGCGAGGACGAGCGAGAACGCGAGAGAGACGAGGAGGUGGAAGCGAUCACAGAGAUGGGAGUCGAAGACGACCCUUCGGCCAGCCUCAAAAUCCUAACGGCGCCGGUGAAGUCGGCUGUGGACAAGUUCCAGCUGCUCCCCGCCUUCCUAAAGGUGAGGGGGCUGGUGAAGCAGCACAUUGAUUCUUUUAAUUAUUUCAUCAAUCAUGACAUCAAAAAGAUCAUGAAGGCCAAUGAUCGCCUUGUCUGCCGCUACGACCCCGACCUCUAUCUCAGGUACACCAACAUCUAUGUCGAAGAGCCUUCAGUCGAUAUGGAUUUUUCUGUUGAGAAGCUCACGCCUCACCUAUGCCGUCUGUCUGACCGAACUUAUGCUGCUCCGAUAAAGGUUGAUAUUGAAUACACUAAAGGAAAUCAAGCAAAUAAGAAACCCGAGAUUAAGAGAGGUCUUGUAAUUGGAAGAUUGCCGAUUAUGCUCCGAAGUUGCCGUUGUGUUCUUAGUGGAAAGGAUGAAGCUGAACUUGCAAAGCUUGGUGAGUGUCCUCUUGAUCCUGGCGGUUAUUUUAUUGUUAAAGGAACUGAGAAGGUGAUCUUGAUACAAGAACAACUUUCCAAGAAUCGCAUAAUUAUUGAUACAGAUAGCAAGGGACGGGUGACGGCAUCUGUUACAAGCAGCACACAUGAGACUAAAAGCAAGACAGUUUUCUUUAUGGAGAAGGACAAGAUAUAUCUACAACUCAAUCAGUUUAUUAAGCCGAUUCCUAUCAUGGUAAUCAUGAGGGCCAUGGGAAUGGAAAGUGAUCAAGAGAUUGUGCAAAUGGUGGGAAGGGAUCCAAGAUAUGGAACUCUACUCCUUCCAUCGCUUCAGGAAUGUGCCUCUGAGAGAAUAUAUACUCAACAACAGGCUCUGGAGUACCUUGAUGGAAAGGUGGGAAAUGCUAAUUCAGCAAGAUCUGGGAAUAGAAAGGAAGGAUUAGCAAAGGCUAUUCUUCUUGAUGUAUUUCUUGCAAAUGUGCCAGUUAACCAAGGUAACUUUAAGCCAAAGUGCAUAUAUGCUUCUGUAAUGCUGAGGCGCAUGAUGGAUGCAAUCCUCAAUACUGACACCUUUGAUGAUAAGGAUUAUGUGGGCAACAAGCGGCUAGAGCUGUCUGGGCAGCUAAUAUCUUUGCUCUUUGAGGAUUUAUUCAAAUCAAUGAAUUCCUUUGCUCUAGAGCUUUUGAACAGAGCAUAUGAGCAUGCUAGUCGUUCCAGUCCGUUGGAUUUUGCCCAUUAUAUAAAGCAAGAUUACAUUACAAAUGGCUUGGAGAAAUCCAUUGCUACGGGAAAUUGGGAUGUAAAACGAUUUAAAAUGCACCGGAAAGGUGUGUCACAGGUUCUUUCAAGGCUGUCAUUUAUAGGAGCUUUAGGCAGCAUGACACGCAUAUCACCACAGUUUGAAAAGACUAGAAAAGUAAGUGGACCAAGGGCUUUGCAACCUAGCCAGUGGGGCAUGCUUUGCCCAUGUGACACUCCUGAAGGAGAAGCCUGUGGAUUGACAAAAAAUUUAGCUUUGAUGACUCAUGUCACAACUGAUGAAGAGGAGGGCCCGUUAAUUUCUCUGUGUCAUAGUUUAGGCGUUGAAGAUUUAGCAUUUCUCUCUGCAGAAGAACUUCAUGCACCAGGUUCAUUUUUGGUAAUAUUUAAUGGGCUUAUACUUGGAAAACAUAGGCAGCCACAGCGUUUUGCAAAUGCUAUGAGAAAGUUGCGUAGGUCGGGUAAGAUUGGGGAGUUUGUUAGCAUUUUUGUAAAUGAGAAGCAGCGCUGUGUUUAUGUUGCCUCGGAUGGGGGUCGUGUUUGUCGUCCACUCGUGAUUGCGGACAAGGGCAUAUCUAGGAUCAAGGAACAUCAUAUGAAAGAAUUGCGGGAUGGAGUUCGUAGUUUUGAUGAUUUUCUACGAGAUGGAUUGGUCGAAUAUCUUGAUGUUAAUGAAGAGAACAACGCAUUGAUCGCACUAUAUGAGUAUGAGAAUGAUAAGGAUGACUCGGAGAAGGACAAUGAUGAUGUUAAGAGAAGCUCCAUAACUCACAUAGAAAUUGAACCAUUCACAAUUUUAGGGGUCUGUGCUGGUCUAAUUCCUUAUCCUCAUCACAAUCAGUCUCCUCGUAAUACAUAUCAGUGUGCAAUGGGGAAGCAAGCUAUGGGAAAUAUUGGUUAUAACCAGCUUUCUCGAGCAGACACUUUACUUUACCUCCUAGUAUAUCCUCAACGUCCAUUGCUGACAACAAAAUCAAUCGAGCUGGUCGGAUACGACAAGCUUGGAGCUGGGCAGAAUGCAACUGUUGCUGUCAUGAGUUACAGUGGUUACGAUAUAGAGGAUGCAAUUGUAAUGAACAAGUCAUCUCUUGAUCGUGGUUUUGGUCGUUGUGUAGCAAUGAAAAAGUAUACUGUUGUCAAAGAGACCUACAACAAUGGUACAUCUGAUGCAAUAAUUGGGCCUAAUAGGGAGAAAGUUGGUUCAAAUAUGCAGAUACUUGAUGAUGAUGGAAUUGCUGCCCCUGGAGAGAUAGUUCGGAAUCAUGAUGUUUUGGUGAACAAAUUUACUCCUAGGAAUACAAGGGACAGGGGAUCAAGAGACAUAGAUUACAAGGAGGCACCUUCUAAAUAUAAAGGGCCUGAAGGCGAGACUACUGUCAUUGAUCGUGUGAUACUUUCCUCAGAUACAAAUGACAAGUUAUCUAUUAAAUUUAUCGUUCGUCAUACACGUAGGCCAGAAGUAGGUGAUAAAUUUAGCAGCAGACAUGGCCAGAAAGGUGUUUGUGGCACCAUCGUUCAGCAGGAAGAUUUUCCCUUCUCUGAGCGUGGGAUAUGCCCUGAUUUAAUCAUGAAUCCUCAUGGAUUUCCAAGCCGAAUGACAGUAGGGAAAAUGAUUGAACUUCUUGGUGGCAAAGCUGGAGUAUCUUGUGGCAGAUUCCACUAUGGCAGUGCUUUUGGGGAACCAAGUGGCCAUGCUGAUAAGGUUGAAGACAUAAGUUACACCCUUGUAAAGCAUGGGUUUAGCUAUAGCGGGAAGGACUUCAUCUACUCAGGCAUUACAGGUUAUCCCCUUCAAGCAUAUAUAUUUAUGGGGCCAAUCUACUACCAAAAGUUGAAACACAUGGUCCUUGAUAAGAUGCAUGCCCGAGCUAAAGGACCUCGUGUGAUGCUGACCAGACAGCCUACUGAAGGAAGAAGUCGUGAUGGAGGAUUGCGUUUAGGAGAAAUGGAACGUGACUGUUUGAUAGCAUAUGGGGCUAGCAUGAUGAUCUUUGAACGUUUGAUGUUAUCUAGUGAUCCUUAUCAAGUUCAGGUUUGCCGACAGUGUGGUUUGCUAGGUUAUUACAAUCACAAGUUGAAGGCAGCCUUUUGUUCAAUGUGCAAAAAUGGGGAUAACAUAUCUACUAUGAAACUUCCAUAUGCUUGCAAGCUUCUAUUUCAGGAAUUGCAGUCCAUGAAUGUUGUUCCGCGUCUACAAUUAACUGAAGCAUGAUACAGAUGAGUUUGGUCGUCGUAAGUGUGUAUGCCAAAGAACAUUAAUGGACUUAGCCUAUGGAUAAGAUCUCCAGCAAAUGUAGACAGAUCGAGUAAUCAAUAUAUAUGAGGACUCGUAAUGCAGAAAAAGAUGAUACACAAACUUCUCCAAAGAAAAUAGGUUGGAGGUCCAGUCUGUUCUUUUGAUGGAAAACUGUUUCAGCCACAUGUUCCUGCUGCUGAAUUGAUUGCUCUGAGAAAAGAGGCUGACAAAUUGCCAGUUGGUAUGUUGGCAUAAGCAAAUGAAGUUGUCUAUGCUCUCGCGUUGUAAAUAGAAUGGAAUACUUAUUCUUAAAAGUUUUGGUGUAAAGAAAACGCUUUUGGCCUGAGAACUCUCAGAUUAAUCGAAACUAAUUUGCUCCCUUGGUCACUGAAUAAAUGUUAUACGUUCGGGUAUUU